GCAGAGGCGGGGCCGGCGGCAGUGGCGGCGGCUGCUGGACGGGUGGCUGUCUGCUAGGCCUAGAGCCAUGCACACACUUGUGUUCCUGAGCACACGGCAGGUGCUCCAGUGCCAGCCAGCUGCCUGCAAGGCCCUGCCCCUGCUGCCACGCGAGCUCUUUCCCCUGCUGUUCAAGGUGGCCUUCAUGGACAAGAAGACGGUUGUACUCCGUGAGCUAGUACACACAUGGCCCUUCCCACUGCUCAGCUUCCAGCAGCUGCUGCAAGAGUGUGCCCACUGCAGCCGGGCCCUCCUGCAGGAGCGGCCCAGCACUGAGAGCGUGCAGGCCGUGAUCCUGGGGCUGACUGCUCGGCUCCAUACCCCAGAGGCUGGGGCUGGUGCACAACCCCUCUGCAGGAAGCAUGUGCUGCGGGUGCUGGACAUGACAGGCCUCCUGGACGACGGUGUGGAGCAGGACCCUGGCACCAUGAGCAUGUGGGAUUGCACAGCAGCUGUGGCCCGCACAUGCAUUGCCCAGCAGCAGGGUGGGGCUGUAGAGCCUGGGCUGGCCCCUGUCCCUGUGGAAGUGCGUGUGGACCUGCGGGUGAACCGGGCCUCCUAUGCAUUCCUGCGGGAGGCACUCCGAAGCAGUGUGGGCAGCCCACUGAGGCUCUGCUGCCGGGACUUGCGGGCUGAGGAUCUGCCCAUGCGCAACACUGUGGCCCUGUUGCAGCUCCUAGACGCAGGCUGCCUGCGCCGUGUAGACCUGCGCUUUAACAACUUGGGCUUGCGUGGCCUGUCUGUUAUCAUCCCACAUGUGGCCCGCUUUCAGCACCUGGCCAGCCUGCGGCUGCACUAUGUGCAUGGGGACUCAAGGCAACCCUCUGUGGAUGGUGAGGACAACUUCCGCUACUUCUUGGCCCAGAUGGGCCGCUUCACUUGUCUGCGGGAGCUCAGCAUGGGCUCCUCUCUCCUUUCAGGGAGGCUGGACCAGCUGCUCAGCACCCUGCAGAGCCCCUUGGAGAGCCUGGAGCUGGCCUUCUGUGCUCUGCUGCCUGAGGACCUGCGCUUCCUGGCAAGGAGCCCUCAUGCUGCCCACCUCAAGAAGUUGGACCUGAGUGGUAAUGAUCUCUCCGGUAGCCAGCUGGCACCCUUUCAGGGUUUGUUGCAGGCAGCGGCAGCCACACUGCUGCACCUUGAGCUGACUGAAUGCCAGCUUGCUGAUACUCAGCUGUUGGCCAUACUACCUAUCCUGACUCACUGUGCCAGUCUCCGCUACCUCGGUCUCUAUGGCAACCCACUGUCCAUGGUGGGCCUUAAGGAGCUACUGAGGGACUCAGCAGUGCAGGCUGAGCUGCGUACUGUGGUGCACCCCUUCCCUGUGGACUGCUAUGAAGGCCUGCCCUGGCCACCGCCUGCCUCUGUCCUGCUGGAGGCUUCCAUCAAUGAGGAGAAGUUUGCCCGUGUAGAAGCUGAGCUACACCAACUGCUGCUGGCCUCAGGCCGCGCCCAUGUGCUGUGGACCACGGACAUCUAUGGGCGACUGGCUGCUGACUACUUCAGCCUAUGAUUGCAAGACUCUGGGUGAGACAUAGGCCAUCUUGCAGUCUCUUUGGGUAGGCAGUGCUUUUGCUAGGACCCUGCUGGAGGCCUGACACAAAAACACUGGUUUCCAGUUUCCUGCGCGGUCUGCCUUGCUCCUGGACACACCUUGAGCCCCCCACCCCCUUUCUGCAGUGCCCUGUGCGAUUUGCCCCACACCUUCCCCCUAACUGGUUGACUAUCUGUGGGCCUCAGGGCUGGACUUCAAGCCUGCACUGCACUGCUCAGUUUGGCUGCCCUCCGGGGUCCUGGCUGUAUCUCCUAAUAUUUUAGGAUCCCAGCUGUGAGCUGUGAGAGACAGGGAUCUCUGGGUCCCUCCCCCAUUCCCUUACAGAGAGCCCAGUGCUCUGAGGUUGAAGGACGUGCCUGCUUCAGGGAGGCUUGGGUCCCUUUGCACUCUGGGGCCUUUUACAUGUGUCCUGCCUAGCACCCAGCCACCCCAUUGGGCUGAGCUCUGGCACUGGAGGGUGUCAUCAAGGUACAAACGUGCAGUAUGUCUGGAACUUGAA